AUGGCAGAGGAGAUCAAGAAGCACUUUACGCCAAAUGGUGAGAACAUUGAUGCCAUUAUUGGUCUGGAAUCUCGUGGCUUUAUUUUCGGCAUUCUUCUCUCAACUUUUUUAAAAGUGCCCUUUGUUCCCAUUCGGAAAGCUGGCAAGCUUCCUGGCGAGUGUAUAAGAGGCAGUUACAACCUAGAAUACGGUUCUGCUACUUUUGAGCUGCAGAAGUCUGCAUUGAAGGCUGGGUCGAACGUCGUUCUGAUCGAUGAUGUGUUGGCCAUUGGCGGAACCAUGAGCGCGGCAUCGAAGCUCUGCAAGGAGGCUUCGUUAAACGUCCUCGGGGCGGGCAUGCUGUUGGAGGUAGCGGACUGCAAUGGCGGCGAGCGAUUGAAUGAACUGGGUUUGAAGUGGUUUUCUCUCCUCCAAUUGGCCUAG